UUAGCCUUGGUGUCCUCCAGCCAUUUCACCCACAGCUUCUCUUUAUUCCAAUACCAUUUUCUUUUUGCAGGAAAACGUCAUCUCUUUAUACAGCAGAAAUGGUGCAAGAGAAACCAUGUAAUGCCGGAAAAACUGCCAUUUUAGCCCUUGGAAAGGCCUUCCCCCACCAGCUUGUAAUGCAGGAAUUCCUUGUGGAUGGCUACUUUAGGAACACCAAAUGUGAUGAUCCCGAGCUCAAGUGCAAGCUCUCCCGCCUCUGUAAGACCACGACUGUGAAGACGAGAUAUGUAGUGAUGUCCGAUGAGAUAUUAAAGAAGUACCCGGAGCUUGCACUCGAAGGCCUUCCCACUAUAUCUCAAAGGCUCUCGAUCUCAAAUGAAGCAGUCACAGAAAUGGCAAUUGAGGCCUCAAAAGCCUGUAUCAAGAACUGGGGUAGGCCUGUUUCAGAUAUAACACACUUGGUUUAUGUUUCUUCGAGUGAAGCAAGGCUACCAGGUGGUGAUAUCUAUUUAGCACGGGGAAUAGGCCUAAAUCCAGAAGCAAACAGGGUCAUGCUUUACUUUAUGGGUUGUUCGGGUGGAGUUGCAGGGCUUAGAGUUGCUAAAGAUAUUGCCGAGAACAAUCCAGGAAGUAGAGUUCUUUUAGCAACUACUGAGACCACAAUUAUUGGGUUUAAGCCUCCUAGUGCCAGCAGGCCUUAUGAUCUGGUUGGUGCUGCUCUUUUUGGAGAUGGGGCUGGAGCCAUGAUUCUUGGGACCAAUCCUAUUGAAGGAGAGAAGCCAUUGUUCGAGCUUCAUACUGCGAUUCAGCACUUCUUGCCAGGGACUGAGAAGAUCAUUGAUGGCCGGCUUACUGAAGAAGGUAUAAACUUCAAGAUAGAGAGAGAUUUGCCACAAAUUAUCGAGGAUUAUAUCGAGGCAUUCUGUUUAAAGCUGAUGCAAAAGGUGGGCUUGGGAGAGGAGGGAUAUAAUGAGAUGUUUUGGGCAGUUCACCCAGGGGGGCCAGCAAUCCUCAACAGGCUCGAGAAGAGGCUCAAUUUGACACCUGAGAAGUUAGUGGCAAGUAGGCGGGCUUUAAUGGAUUAUGGAAAUGUUAGUAGUAACACCAUUGUGUAUGUAUUGGAGUUCAUGAUGGAGGAGAGCUUGAAGAUGCGAGAUACAGGGGAGAGAGAAAAUGAGUGGGGCCUCAUUUUGGCUUUUGGGCCUGGAAUUACUUUUGAAGGGAUUCUUGCAAGGAGCCUAGUAUAAAGCCAUCCCUUUCACAAAAGAUGACUAUAGAUAAAAUUUUAGUAGCAACAAAUCAAGUAAAAAAGCUUUAUGAAUUUCCUAUUUAGUAGCAACAAAUCAAGUGAAAAAACUUUAUGAAUUUCCUAUUGAUGUAUAGAUUGCCAAGCAUAUACAUAUUCUUAAGAAAUUUGUCAACUCUGUAAACAUUCUUGAAGGAAGGGUUACAAAAAUAAACAUUUGAAUGGUCCAAAGUAUAUAUUGAUUUUGUUAAAUAUCUCUCUCAUUAUGCAAUGGGGGACCCAAAAUCAGCUUAUUGCAUUAAAAUGGAAACUGCAAAAGCAGAAAAAAAAAAAAAAAAA